AUGUUAAGAUGGCUUAAGGAGAGGAAAUUUUAUUCAUUCUGGCAAUCCGUCCCAGCAUAUUGUUUCCAACCUUUAGUUUCCUUUUUACUACAGCUCACUUACAGGAUUUGUAUUUAUAUCUCUAUCUUUAUACCAAGAAAGAAAAUGUUGAGGAGAAUUGCAUCAGUUUUGUUGAUUGUAAUUUUGGCCUUAGCAUACAAGGCCAUUAAACCUCCAGCCCCAAGAACGUGUGGUUCACCAGGUGGUCCACCCAUAACAGCACCAAGGAUAAAGCUGAGAGAUGGAAGACAUUUGGCCUACAAAGAAUAUGGUGUUCCAAGAGAGUUAGCCAACAACAAGAUUGUAUUCAUACAUGGCUUUGGAUCUUGCAGACAUGAUACAGUCAUUGCAGCAAGCCUUCCAUCUGGGUUGCUUGAGGAAUUGGGAGCAUAUAUUGUGUCAUUUGAUAGACCAGGGUAUGGAGAAAGUGAUCCUGACCCGAAAAGAAGUGUCAAGAGUUUGGCUCUUGAUGUUGAGGAACUUGCAGAUAAGCUGGAAUUAGGUUCCAAGUUUUACGUGAUGGGAUUUUCUAUGGGUGGACAAGCUGUCUGGGGUUGCCUCAAAUUCAUUCCUCACAGACUUGCUGGGGCAACAUUGUUGACUCCAGUGAUAAACUACUGGUGGCAUGGACUUCCUUACAACAUGUCCACAAAGGCCUAUUAUCAGCAACUUCCACAAGAUCAAUGGGCUGUUCGAGUUGCUCAUUAUGUUCCAUGGCUUACAUACUGGUGGUUUACUCAAAACUGGUUUCCUACUUCAAGUGCAGUACAUGUCAAUCCUGCUAUUCUUUCUCCCCAAGAUUUGUCCAUUGUUUCCAACUUAGUUCCAAAACAACAUCAAUCACAGGUGAAACAACAAGGUGAGCAUGAAUCUAUAUGCCGUGACGCCAUGGUUGGUUUUGGAUCUUGGGACUUUGAUCCACUUGAUCUUGAUAACCCUUUCCCAGAUGAUACGAUCCAAGUUCAUCUAUGGCAAGGUGAUGAUGAUCGGCUUGUCCCCGUUGCACUGCAACGAUAUAUUGCUCAAAAGCUUCCAUGGAUUGAAUACCAUGAAUUACCAGGUGCUGGACACUUGUUUCCAUUUAUCAAAGAAGUGAGUGCAGCUAUCAUCAAGACACAGUUGCUGGAUACAAAAUAAUUUAUUGAUGAAGCUAAGCUGCCAUUGUUAGUUUUGGUGAUGUUGUUAAAAAUUUAAAGUGCAAAUCGGGAGUGGUACUUUACUAUUUACAUUCACCAAAAGAAGCUAAGGAAACAAAACUACAACCACAGACUGAUAAUAACUGGAUGUAGUAGUUUUUUAGUUUCAAUUUCACUUGUUAAAUAUGUUUAGAGUAAUAAUAGAUGUAUAUCUAUUGGACACCCUUCUCUCAGGAUGAUCGAAGUUGCAGGGUUUUUAAUAUACGUGGUAUUGUUUAAAUAAAAAUCCAAUGAAGUGAGUAUUUUUAUAUCA